AUGGCUACUGCUUGUGCUUUGUUCAAUGCUGUUGGAGGAGGAAACACUACUACUGAUGAAACCAACAACAAUAGUACCUGUAACUCGAGUAACAUCAGCAGUGAAGAUUUUCACAACAUACCUCAACGACAACAUUCUCCGUCUUCUUUACGAAGGUCCAAGAGUUUCAAGUGUUUUUUUGGCCAAAUCCUUGGGUUGCUAGCAACGGUGCUACUGGUAGUGGUAGCAGAUCCAUAUUCAACAGUAGCAGAACCGCUUCUUUGGAUUCAUUUGGUUGGUCAUUUGGGUGAAGCUUAUGAAGAGUGGGUUCAUCAGCUCAUUGUUGCAAGGGAGGUUGCUGAAUUCUUGUUGAUGAGAACCAGUGAUGAUAAUGUAUCUAAGAAGGAGUUCAAUGAAAUUGAGUGGUUUGUUGGUCACCAUCCUCCCAGUGUUCUCAUCCCAAUUGCGCAUGGUUCUGAAGAGAUUGAAGUAGUGACACUGAUAGAUAUUCUAAGGCGAGCAAAAGCUAAUGUCAUAGUUGCUUCUGUUGAGAAAACUCUUGGAGUUAUGGCUUCUCAAGGAACCAAAAUUGUUGCUGAUAAGUUACUUAGUGAUGUUCAAGAGUCAGCACAUGAUUUGAUUAUUCUCCCGGGAGGAACUGCUGGCACUCAAAGGCUAAGCAAAUCUAGAAUUCUGAAGAAGCUUCUAAAAGAACAAAAUUCAGCUGGAAGAAUAUACGGGGCCGUCUGCUCCUCACCUGCUAUUCUACACAAACAUGGUUUACUAAAGUUACUUACUGGUUGA